AGCCGGUCCAGCUCCUCGGGCAGCACACCGCGGCUGGCCGCAGACAAAGGACCUGAGCGCUCAUUGGCUCCGGCCGUGUGCGCUCUGUUGGCCCCCAGCGCCUGCAGCUCCAGCCUCUAUUCACAUGUUAAUAGGCCCCUAUAAAUACUAACAACAGCCAACCAGCGCCAGCAGCACGACACACAAGGGUGGCACAAGAAACACACGGCGCAUCGCCUGCUUUUUUUUUCCUCUCGGUCUGCUUGUAACCGGUUCCGUUUUCCAGCUGCCCCCUUCAACUACGACACAGGAGGCGAAAAGCAGCAGUGAGACAAACCCCAUACGCGGCGUUCCGACCAACAUGGCCCCCGCUGCCCGGCCCGGUAACGCCGGACUUUACAUGGAGGACGAGUCCUGCUACGGGGUUCAGAAGGCGGACAGGAAGAUCAGGAAACCUCUGGUGGAGAAGAAGAGGAGAGCUCGCAUCAAUGAAAGUCUACAGGAGCUGCGGACUCUGCUGCCGGACACAGACAUGCAUUCCAAGAUGGAGAACGCAGAGGUCCUGGAGAUGACAGUAAAGAAGGUGGAGGACGUCCUGAAGAACCGGUCUCAAGAGUCCGACGCACUCAGCCGAGAAGCCAGCGAGAGGUUUGCAGCCGGCUACAUCCAGUGCAUGCACGAGGUCCACAUGUUCGUGUCCAACUGCCCAGGCAUAGACGCCACAGUGGCGGCCGAGCUCCUAAACCACCUGCUGGAGUGCAUGCCCCUGAACGAGGACCACCUCCAGGACGUGCUGAUGGACCUGAUCACGGACACUCCGGGGACCAACGGUAGCACUUGGCUUGGGGCCACCGAGGGGCUCUGCUCGAACCCGGCCAUCUCCACCUCAUCUGCCGACGAAUUGUGCUCAGACCCGGACGAGACAGACAGCGAGCACAACCGGAGCUCGACGGAAGGAGCGGAAAGCAGGGAGGCUCUGAGCAUGCCCACCAUCACAUACGCUCAGUGUAUGUGGAGACCUUGGUAGGAAGGUCUGCAGCUGCAGCAGGGAUUGGCUGGAAACAAAGUGCGGGAUUUCAUUAAUGUGAAACGCCAGUGCGUCUCCUUCAGAAAGAGAAAACUCCACCCUACCUCAGCACCAUUAGCUGCUGAAGCCUUUCUGGACUUAUUUAACCCAUUCAAGAACUGCCAACUGACAUGCACUGAAAGUCUUAAGAACUCAUGAUCGCCAUGUGCUGAUUUCCAUUUCUGUUAAAGGGACCAAACCUAGUUUCUGAGGACCUGGAUCUUCUAUUUGCUCUUACUGAGGUGCAGCAGCUUUCUUCUGCAUUCUGGGAAGUGUAGCAGUUCACUAAAUAAAUUACAAGUUCAAGCAGAUGGAGCAACAUUUGACCCAUAAACACGCCCAGAGUUCUUUUGGAUAUCACAAAAAAACUUUAUAAGUGCACUAAAGGGUGGAGUUUUUCCUUUCUUAUCAACAGGGCCCCAACUCUUGUGGGCCUCUGCAGCUUGGGACCUCCUGAAAGGACUCCCCUCUUCCCUCCUCAGUGCUGACACCCUGGCUUUUGAGUACUCUCUUAAGACUUCUCUUCGCACCUGGAAGAUAAAAGAACAUCCCCUCUCAACACUUAGAACCCAACAAAGGACAGAAAAGGACCAGUUGAAGGUGCUCACACUUAUUCUGUGUGUAACUGUGUAUAUGAAGUUUGGUUGAGGAGAAAAGCUCUUUUUAGCACCUGAGAGGUCUGGCAAUGCCUCUGAUUAAUAUAAAUAAUCUAUGGUCUUUCGUGUAUUGCUGUAGUUUAUUAGACACAGAGCCUAAUUAUGUUGUAAUGUUUAAUAAAACGUCUGAAUUUGCUGAAUAAAAUAAAGUAGAUGAAAUAUG